UAUAAAGAAAUCCUUUUCAUGGUUUGGGAUAUAUUUCUCACAGGCUGGAAUCAGAGAAGAUCAAAAGAAUGGGAAUUGGCAGCAGACGCUGUAGCAAAAUCGCUUAUUUUUCUUGCCUUUCAUUUUUGCUUCUGUUGAAUGAUGGGAUUGAUGGAAGAAAGCCACCUAGGUCAAAAUGCCCAGUGUGGUGUAGCUGUACCAAAGAUAACGCUUUGUGUGAAAACGCCAAGUCUAUUCCUCGCACCUUCCCUCCAGAUGUUAUCUCACUAUCCUUUGUGAGAUCUGAAUUUACAGAAAUCCCAGAAGGGAGUUUUUUACACAUACCGUCUCUGCAGCUUCUACUGUUCACUUCAAACGCUUUUGAUGCUAUUAGUGAUGAUGCUUUUACUGGGCUUCCUCACCUAGAGUACUUAUUUAUAGAAAACAACAAAAUAAAGUCUAUUUCAAGAAAUGUGUUUCGAGGACUGAAGUCUUUGAUCCAUUUGAGUCUCGCAAAUAAUAAUCUUCAGACGCUUCCGAAAGAUGUUUUCAAAGGCCUGGAUUCAUUGACGAUUGUAGAUCUAAGGGGUAAUUCAUUUAAUUGUGACUGCAAACUGAAAUGGUUAGUAGAAUGGCUGGACAAAACGAAUGCAACAGUGGACCAAAUUUACUGCGAAAGUCCCCCAGAAUACAAAGGAAGGAAAAUUAACAGUCUCUCAUCUAAAGAUUUUGACUGUAUAACCACAGAAUUUGCAGCCUAUAAAUCCUUACCAUAUCAGUCACUGUCAGUGGACACAUUUACCUACAUGAAUGAUGAGUAUGUUGUGAUCGCACAGCCUUUUACUGGGAAAUGCAUAUUCUUGGACUGGGACCAUGUGGAGAUGUCUUUUAGGAAUUAUGAUAACAUUACAGGCACGUCAACUGUUGUCUGCAAACCAAUAGUCAUUGAGAAACAGUUGUAUGUCAUAGUUGCACAACUUUUUGGUGGAUCUCAUAUUUACAAAAGAGACAUUUUUGCAAACAAGUUUAUCAAGAUUCAAGACAUCGAAAUCCGAAAAAUCCGAAAACCCAAUGACAUUGAGACUUUUAGAAUUGAAGACAAUUGGUAUUUUGUGGUUGCUGAUAGUUCAAAAGCUGGUUUUACUACAAUCUACAAGUGGAAUGGUAAUGGAUUUUAUUCUCACCAGUCCCUACAUGCUUGGUAUCGAGAUACCGAUGUGGAAUAUUUGGAAUUACAAAACAAACCAUAUUUGAUUCUCUCAAGUAGUUCACAGCGACCAAUUAUUUAUCAGUGGGACAAAAAAUCCAAUGAGUUUUCUACACCUACAGAAAUUCCAGACACGGAAGAUGUAUAUGCAGUGAAACACUUUACGGUUAAAGAUGACGUAUAUCUUUGUCUGACACGAUUCAUUGGGGAUUCCAGAGUUAUCAAAUGGGAAGGUGGCUCUGUAUUUGUAGAUGUACAACGGAUGCCAUCUCGAGGGUCAAUGGUAUUUCAGCCUUUGCAAAUUAACAGCCAUAAAUAUGCCAUCCUUGGAAGUGAUUAUUCUUUCACUCAAGUGUUUCAUUGGGAUGGUGAAAAAGGAAAGUUUGUAAAAUUUCAAGAGUUGAAUAUCCAGGCGCCAAGAUCCUUCACACACGUUUCCAUAGACAAACGUGAUUUCCUUUUUGCUUCAAGUUUUAAGGGAACUACACAAAUAUAUGAACAUGUAAUAAUUGACCUGAGCGCAUGACCAUUCACAGUCUAUACGUGGAAUAAAAGACAUUAUAAAAUGGACAAAAGGAACAAAGUGCAUGGUAUCUCUCUUAUCAUAGUUCUGGAUGACUAGCUUUAAAAGUUGGGAUUUGCUAGAACAAAAGCAUUGCUCGUGUCUACAUCCUUGAUUGUCAUGUCUAGUGGUCUGGGAGUUCAACUUUUUAAAACAUCAAUAGUUCACUGGUCUUUGCAUUCAAUUUUUUUGUAAAUAUUUGUGCAAUUGUAUAAGCUUCAUCUGAAAAGAGAAAUAUAAAUAUAUGUACUUUUCCAUUUAUUUAUUCACCUGUUUGAAAGAAAACUGCCAAAUAAAAUGUUUACAUUUUCUGUC